AUGCCAUUUGAUCAAGUGACCUGUGCAAGAGACUUUGCUGGAAAUUCUAUCAUCAGAUCCUCCAAGAAUUAGAAGACAAGGAAGUGCAUAAUAAAGUUGGCCUCAGAUGAGUAUUAGUAUGCUUUUACUCGUUCGAGGGGGAACAAAACUACACUCAUAAUUGAUUGAAGUAAUGGAAUCAUGAAAUAACAUAAGGAUAUAAGUAUCAUCCAAUAUCGAGAGAAUGGCAUUCUAACUGAUAGCAAAAGUAGUUUAUUUUUUUGGAUCACUCAAAUUAUUUUCUUUAAUGCAAAAGUUGGUUGGAUCAGGGGUUUAAACUUAAUUUUAGGUUUAACAUAGAGGUAAUAAAAAUGAUGAAUAUAAGUCAAGACUAAUGUGCUUUUCUUUGUGUCCAAUCCUACUCUGUCCCUCUAUCAUUAUUGGGGCCAAAAAGCCAGACUUUUAAACUAUCUAAUUAUCAAACAAGUUUUUUCUCAUCACUGAUGAUGAUAAAUUUCUUCUCUAUUAUUAUUUAUUUUACUGAUUUUUGGUGGAGGAUUUUCAUUUUAAAUAUAAUAUAAUCUGUAACAUAAUCAAAAAUUUCAAUUCUAUUAUUGAUAUAUUUCAAAUUUUAAUCAACUAAUCUUUAUGAGUAAAAGGUUAUGAAUAAAAUAAAAGGAAUGUUAGUACAAAACUAUUUAGAAAAUUAAAAAAGUAUACAAUUAUUAUUCAUAAGUUUUCAAAAAUGUUUUGGAUAAACUAGAUAAAAACCCAAUAUGGUAGAAAAAAAUUAUAACAGCUUCUAGACAUACUAAAUAUUUCAAAUAUUGA